AUGACGUCAUACAAAGGUGCAGACAGAGUUAAGAAGGUGAGACUCCAAACUUUGAGACAUCAAUAUGAGCUCCUACAAAUGGAGUCUUCUGAGACUAUUGCUACUUAUAUUAGUCGAGUUCUUGCUUUGACAAAUCAAAUGAAAACAUAUGGAGAGGAGUACAAAGAGCAAGCCAAAGUGGAGAAGAUUUUAUGGUCGCUCACUUCCAGAUUUGAGCAUAUCGUGGUGGCGUUAGAAGAAGCACAUGAUCUGUCUUCGAUGACUACCAAAGAAUUAUCCGACACCUUGCAAGCUCAUGAGCAACGCAUGAAUGAGAAGCAAAAUGAGAAGCCAAUUGAGCAAGCCCUCCAAGCCCAAGUCUCCAUUAAAGGUGAACAAAGUGGUGAAACAAGCCGAAAGCAUAGUAGCUCUCGUGGAAGAGGACGAGGAUGUGGUGGUCACUACUACAACAAUAGAAGUCGUGGUGGCUAUAACAACAAUUAUGAAACAAGAGGUAGUCAGAAUAAUGACCAAGAGAAAUCAGACUCAACCCACCAACAAAACACAAGAGGUCGAGGACGUGGACGUGGUAGAGGAAGGUAUGAUAAAUCCAAUGUUGAGUGUUAUUCUUGUCAUAGACAUGGCCAUUAUUCAAGUUUGUGCAGAUAUAAGGAUAAUACUCAGAGGGCUCACUAUGUACAAGAAGAUGAUGAUGAUGAUGAUGAUGGCGACCAUACUCUCUUGAUGGUCACUGCAACUAGUGAAACACCAAACUACCACACAUGGUUCCUCGACACUAGGUGUACUAAUCAUAUGUGUGACAAAAAGGAGCUAUUUGCUGAUCUUGAUGAGUCAUUUCGCACCAAAAUCAAAUUUGCCGAUGAUAGUACUAUAUCAAUGAUGGGAAAAGGACAUAUCCUUAUCAACUUGAAGAAUGGAGAUCAUAAGUAUAUUUCUGAUGUCUUCUAUGUGCCAGGCAUGAAGAGUAAUUUGCUUAGUGUGGGUCAACUGGCAGAAAAGGGGUAUGUUAUGAACCUCCAUGGCAAUCAACUCUCCAUUCUUGAUAAAAAAAGGUACACUCAUUCUCAAGGCCCUUUUGACAAAUAA